GCGCCACAUCUAAUGAUGUCCGCUGGCGUAAAAGAAGACGAGCUCCUCAGGUUCAGGUCCUGUGUUUGCAUCCCGGUGUUUUCCGCAGCGCUAACCAGCUGACGAACUAGUACGGCCGUGAUUUCAAUGUGAACCAUUUCUAACAGGUUAUCCAAAUUAUCCACUGUUGAGGAAGAUGCAGGAUGAUGCGCGCUACCUCAAACGCAAAGUGACUGCAGGCAGUUUGGAUGUCCACCCCACGGAGAAGGCCCUCGUGGUCCACUAUGAGGUGGAAGCAUCCAUCCUGGGGGAGAGUGGAGGUCAGAUGGUGGGGGAACGCAAGGAGGGACAGAAAAUUGUCCGCGUGAAAAGUCUUUCUCCUACCACAGAUGUGGCAGCUUUGGCCAAGAAGGUGGUGGAGGAAUGUAAGCUCAUCCCUGCUUCCCGUCUGCCUCAAGUGGAGCAGCUUCUCUACUACCUGCAGAACAGGAAAUCAUCUCCAGUGGUGGGCAAAGUGGAGAAGAAGGAAAAGACGGUGAAACCCAGAGACUUGACACCUUUUGAAGGAAUUGAGUUAAAUGAAGAAGCCAGUGUAACAAGGGUGGAUGAGUAUGUUGAGUUGCUCUACGAGGACAUCCCAGAGAAGAUCAGAGGCUCUGCUCUCAUCCUACAGCUCGCCCGUAACCCAGACAACCUAGAGGAGCUGCUGCACAAUGAGGCAGCUCUGGGCGCUCUGGCCAGGGUACUGAGGGAGGACUGGAAACAGAGUGUGGAGCUGGCUACCAUCAUCUUGUACAUCUUUUUCUGCUUCUCUAGUUUCUCCCAGUUCCAUCGAGUGGUGAGCCAUUAUAAAGUGGGGGCUUUGUGCAUGAGCAUUGUGGAACACGAGCUGAAGAGAUACGACAUGUGGCGCGAGGAGCUGCACAAGAAAACCAAAGCUUGUGAGUCAGCGCCAGACAAUGGCUCCCUGAGAAGAGACCAAGGCAAAGCUCUAAAGAAAUAUCAAGGCCUUCUGGCCAAACAGGAGCAGCUCCUCCGAGUGUCUCUCUAUUUGUUGCUGAACCUUGCUGAGGACACAAGGACAGAGCUGAAGAUGAGGAAUAAAAACAUUGUCGGCCUGUUGGUCAAAGUUCUGGAAAGGGAUGACGAGGAGCUCCUGGUGCUUGUGGUUUCAUUUCUCAAAAAGCUCUCCAUCUUCUUGGAGAACAAAAAUGACAUGGCGGAGGUGGACACCGUGGAACGACUCGCUCGCCUCAUUCCCUGUGACCAUGAAGACCUGCUGAACCUGACGUUGCGUCUGCUGCUCAAUUUGUCCUUCGACUCUGGACUCAGGGCAAAGAUGGUGGAAGUUGGUCUGUUACCUAAACUGUGCACAUUGUUGGCUGAUGAAAAUAACCGGCUGGUAGCCAUGCGCAUCCUGUAUCACAUCAGCAUUGACGACCGUUUUAAGGGCAUCUUUGUUUACACUGACUGCAUACCUCAGCUUAUGCAGAUGCUGUUUGAAUAUGGGGAGGAGGAAAUUGAAGCUGAGCUCAUAUCCAUUCUCAUCAACCUGGCUGCAAACAAGAAGAAUGCACAACUUAUGUGUGAAGGAAAUGGAUUAAAGAUGCUAAUGAAGAGGGCUCUGAAAAUGAAAGACUGCCUGCUUAUGAAAAUGAUCCGAAACAUUUCACAACAUGAUGGACCAACCAAACCACUGUUCAUAGACUACGUUGGUGACCUGGCAGCAGAGAUCCGGGCAGAGGAAGAGGAGGAGUGGGUUCUGGAGUGUCUGGGGACCCUGGCUAACCUCACCAUCCCUGACCUAGACUGGGAGUUGGUGCUGAAGGAGUACAACCUUGUACCUUACUUGAAAGACAGACUCAAACCAGGUUCAGCAGAGGAUGACCUCAUCCUUGAGGUGGUGAUACUGAUCGGAACCGUUUCCAUGGAUGACGCUUGCGCCGCCAUGUUGGCUAAGUCUGGCAUCAUCCCUGCACUUAUUGAGCUGCUCAAUGCCCAACAGGAGGAUGAUGAGUUUGUGUGUCAGAUCGUCUACGUCUUCUAUCAGAUGGUUUUUCACCAAGCCACGAGGGACGUCAUCAUCAAAGACACUCAGGCUCCGGCCUACCUAAUAGAUUUGAUGCAUGACAAGAACACAGAGAUUAGAAAAGUGUGUGACAACACCCUUGACAUCAUUGCUGAGUACGACGAAGAGUGGGGGAGGAAGAUUCAGUCCGAGAAGUUUCGUUUCCAUAACAACCAGUGGUUGGAGAUGGUUGAAAGUCGACAAGCUGAUGAGUCUGAGCCGUAUCUGUAUGAUAAUGACAAUGACAGGACUGAUCUGUUCUACAGUGCAGAUGGAAUAACUCCUGGAGACGGUUCUGUCAGCCCAGAUUUCUUCUGUGACCCACAGGCACAAAAUGGAGAUUCGCACCUUAUAGGAGACAACGAUGUCUUCGACCAGACGAGCUCGUCGCCUGGACGGCCAGCUACUGCCUACGGCUUCAGGCCUGAUGAGCAGCCCUUCUAUCAGUAUUCAUAGAAACGCACACAUCUGGUUUGUUGAAAACCUGAGGCCAUAACGUUGUUGCUUAUCAUCUUUGUCAUAUUCUCUGUCCUGUGUUAGCUUUCAGUACUGUCACCACGAUAAAGCUGUUACGAUUGGAUAAUAAAAGCCUAAAUACAAAAUACUGAUACACAAUACUGAUAACAAGACUAAUACCACCGUGUUUACACUAGUUACAAUUAUAUUGAGCAGGUACAUAGUUAAGUCUUCCUUAUCUACAGCCUAUCAUCCUCUUAUAUUGAGCUUCUAGUGAGCCGACAGAUAAUUGAAGAUGCACAGCCUUAACAUUUUUAAUUCUAACACAUUUUGCAUGUUUUGUGUAAUAACAUUAAGUAACACUUCAUAUUUGUGUCCUGCAAUUAAUAUAAAACCAUUAUAGACACACACUUCGGAUUACAGACAACUUGGAGUUUGUGUUAUUGGGAUGUUUAAGCUACAUGACUAGUGACACUGUAACUAUAUACAUGCUACAGCUGCUCUGUGUCUGGAUCAUACUGUGCCAUCAACAGGAGGACAAGCUUUAGUUUAGUUUACUUGAAGGAUGGCAAUGGCAAAUCCACUACACUAUUACUUUGGGCAUAUUUGCACAUAUAGUUAAAUUAUGAUGCACGAAUAUGUUUGUGUUUUGUAAGUUACUUUUCGUUUAUGUACACUGCUUUCUGUAAAUAGAUUUUACUGUCUUUUAUUCUCCGCUAAAAGGAAAUGAGUCUCACACGACACUGAACAUUUAAAUAUCCUACUGCCUUCAAUUAUAUCCUGGAAACUGUGAUGACUGUGGAGCAUUCAUGUUUUUGUCCCAGAAUGAUUGUAAGGAACCUUUUCAGACUGUUUUUUUGUUUACUCAGAGUGUCGAUGGUGAGUAAUCCUACAUGACAAAGGGAACAUGUGUUUGCUGUGGUAGUCUAGAUCGUCAACCGGUGCAUCCUGCUGAGCUUUCAACCCGCUGGGCGUAGGUCUGUUUCUGUCUCUUUGUGUACUGCACUAAACUUCACACGUGUUAGGAGCUUGUUCUGACCCGACCCAAGGCGUCCAACAAAUAAACUGACGUAUCUACAAA